GAUGUCUUAUCCCUCUACAGUCACCAACUACAAUUUCAGUAGCAACCUCCCAUCGCCAUCAGACCAUCGCUAGACGACUCCCUCCCCUCUGCCAAGCUACCGGUUGCCUGCCCAGAUCUCCACCGCCCGAUGGCCGCCGCAGCGGCCGCCUCCCCCGACGACGAGAUCGUCUACGAGUCCAUGCCCUGCAUCCGCAUCUACAAGAACCGCGUGGAGCGCUACUUCGGCUCCGAGUUCGUCGCCGCCUCCACCGACGCCGCCACCGGCGUCGCCUCCAAGGACGUCACCAUCUCCCCCAAUGUUUCCGCGCGCCUCUACCUCCCCCGCGUCGAGCGCAACACCAAGCUUCCCCUCCUCGUCUACUACCACGGCGGCGGCUUCUGCCUCGGCUCCGCCUUCAACCCCACCUUCCACGCCUACUUCAACGGCUUCGCCGCGCUCGCCAACGUCCUCGUCGUCUCCGUCGAGUACCGCCUCGCGCCCGAGCACCCCGUUCCCGCCGCCUACGCCGACUCCUGGGAGGCGCUCGCCUGGGUCGUCUCCCACGCCGCCUCCGAGCCUUGGCUCCGCGGCCACGCCGACUUCUCCCGACUCUACCUUGGCGGCGAGAGCGCGGGCUCCAACAUUGCGCACCACAUGGCGAUGCGCGUGGCCGCGGAGGGGCUGGCCCACGGCGCCGAGAUCCGGGGCCUCGUCAUGAUCCACCCCUAUUUCCUGGGCACCAACAAGGUGCCCUCCGACGACCUGGACCCCGCGAUGCGCGAGAGCCUGGGAUCCCUGUGGCGCGUCAUGUGCCCGGGGACCACGGGGGAGGACGACCCGCUCAUCAACCCCUUCGUGGACGGCGCGCCGGGGCUGGACGCGCUGGCGUGCGGCCGCGUCCUCGUGUGCGUCGGCGAGGUCGACGUGCUCCGGGACCGCGGCCGUGCCUACUACGACCGGCUCAGGGCCAGCGGGUGGCGCGGCGAGGCGGAGAUAUGGCAGGCGCCCGACAAGGGCCACACGUUCCACCUCAUUGACCCGUGCUGCGACGAGGCCGUCGCACAGGACAAGGUCAUCAGCGACUUCCUCAACCGUUGACUCGCGUCGCAGGCUGUGGCGUCGCCGGAGUCGAACCAAAUUUAGCUUCAGUGUAUACUCUUACUCGGAAAUCGAAAUAACUGCAGCUUCGUUGCUGAUGAAUGCUGCUGCGCUAAAUUACUACCGGUACAUUUCAGAUUCAGAA